AUGAAUGUACUCCAGUCCUAGAUUAAAGCGAAAAAUGAUCAAGAUUCAUUCAUGCGCGAGGAAAAAGAAAGAUAGAAAUCUCAAAUCAAAUUUAAACAAGAACUGAAUCAAAAUAUGGAUUCUGACAUUAAAAAUCAGAUCAAAAUGCAGCAGAAUUCCUACAAGAAAAUGUUAGAUGAAUAGAAAUUUCAGGAAAGUUUAAAUUAUAGUCAAAAUAGAAGUACAAUGAGUAUUAAUGAUCGUGAUGAUAGUGAUACAAGAUCUAGGUCCUAGCUCAGAAAUCUAAAUGGGUCUAUGAGAGAUGGUAGUAGCUAUUAUGGAGAUUAUACUUAUCAUCAAUAGAAUCAAAGCUAGUAUAUGAAUAAGAUAGAUAUAAUGAAUCAAAAUGCUUAGUACAAGGGCAAUAAUAUUAUGGAUUAAUCUUAGAUAAAAUAUGGUUAAAGUAUGUCUAGUAGUUUGGAAAGGCCCUAUCAUUAACGUAAUUGA